UCAGCUGCAGCGCCUCCUUCCUCCUGCUCCUCCUCCUCCUCUUCCUCUCCUGCUGCAGCAGCGCCGCAGCUCUCAGAUGGAUCUGCAGCAGCAGCCUAGCGGUUCUGAAGCUCUGCGGUGCGCUGAGCCUCACUGGACCUCCUGCUGACGACCCGGUGACCCUGGGGACGGACCUAACCAUGUUGUUCUCCAGCAGCCUCCUGCAGCGGUGGUUCUUCGCGGUCUUCCUGCUCUGCUCCCCGGUUCCGUUCGCGGGCCGGCCCGUCGACACCCUGAGCGGCAGAAUGAGGCGCUCUGUGACCCACACUCAGCUCAUGCACGACAAAAGCCGGAUGCUGCAGGACUUCCGGCGGCGCAUGUUCCUGCAGGGCAUCCUGGACGCGGUCCACACGGCCGAGAUCCUCCCGGUCCGCGGCGCCGGGGGCAGCAGCGGCGCCGGCGCCGGGCCACCCGGACCGGGCCUGGGGGUCAACCCGAGCACUACAGGCAGCACCCUGCAGUCCAAGCCGCCUGGAGGAACCAAGAACCUCCCCGUCAUGUUCCAGGAGGAGGAGGAGGAGGGCACCCACCUGCCGCAGGAGACCAACAAGUCCUACAAGGAGAAGGUUCCCAGCAAGAGGAAGCGGAAGGGGAAGUCCGGCCGCCGGAAGGAAGCGGAGAAGAGGAAGAGGACGGUUCGCGCCGUCCGGCGAAGGCCAGGGGAAGAGGCGGGCAGCGGGCUCCACCUGGAGUGGAGGCCGCUGCUGGGCCUGCAGGGGGCGCUGCAGUGAGACGCCGUCAGCUUCUGACGGAGACAGAAAUCUUGGCCUCGCCUCUUGGACUCCUAAAUGUUCACGACUCGUUCUCCUGUCACGGAGCAUUUGGACCGCAGAAAGAAAAUAUUUAUUGUGUGUAAAUAUCUGAGAUUAAGAAGCAGAAUAUGUUUAAAUGAAACCUUAUCGGCGCUGUGUGCAGCCGCAGAUUUUAAUCUUGUGAAUCCUUUUUUAUUCCAGUAAUGUCUGAUUAAUUCCAGUAAUUUAUUUUGGUGUAUUUAUUUUGAAACGUAUCGAGGUGCUGCUGACCUUCUAUAUUUUUGUACCAUAAUGCACUUUAGAUAUCUGACUAUAAUCUAUAAACUUGUUUUUGUUGACUGAAGUAAAGAAAACUCGACUUUUUUUGUCAUUUUCUUUCAUUUGUUUAAACAUGUUGUUUUGUUGAAGCUGUUUGCUGUUUUCCUCCUCGUGAUGCCUUCACUGACCGUCGGUUUUCUCCACGCUCUUCUUCGCCAGGCCAAAGUUCACGUGUUCAUGUUGGUGAAGCCUGUUGUUCUGAGCUGAUUAAACAUGUCGUCAUAUCUGA